AAAAACGCAACUGUUUAUGUUUUGUUUUCGAUGCCAAGCGCGCCCGGCCGCUCCGGUUCAGCGGAAAAGCAAAAGCGAACACCUGAAAAUGAUUCACGACAUUUUGUUCACACUUUUCUCCUCCAAUGCGGAACUACCGAUCGAAAACUUUACCAUUCCGGAGGUGGCGUCCACCUUUCUGCACCCCGGUGAAAUCCACAUCCUCGAGGAGCUGAUCCGGAUAGCCAACCAGUAUAAGGAGAUCAAAAAGUUUGUUCAACAGUACGGCACGCUGAAUGCCGGGUUGCUGAAGCCGAAGCAACAGAAACCGACGGAAGAGCCGCUGUCCCAGGGACUCUAUCUGCAGGCGUUCGUCGAUGGGCUGGAGCUGGUGGUGAAACCGUACCGGGAUCUGGUAGUAGAGCUGGAGGCAAAGUAUCUGAAGCGCCCGAACCUGUCGCUCAUGUUUAUCUUCCACCAAGUGAGCCAGUAUCGAUCGUUGUUUGGGUUUCUGCUACAGCUGAUCAGUGGUGUGGUGACGCAAAGGAUUCACGGCUGUGCAUUGCUUCCCUACCUGCAGCAGCACUGUCUGCACGGGAAUGAUGCCAACUAUCAGGCAGUGAAAACCAUCCAAAAAUCAGUUUACGUCAUCUUUCUCAAACAACUGUACGGUUGGCUGAUGCACGGCAAGUUUGUCGAUCACUAUGGGGAGUUUUUCAUACAGCAGGUGGAAAGCAGCGCGAAAGCUUCCAUUACAGCGGGCGGUGCUCCGAUCGUUAACCCGCCGGCCGGCCACACCUCCGUCAACACGUCGGACAGUGCGAGCAUCAACACGGAGCUGUGGCGGUACGAGAUACGGCGCGAAAUGUUGCCCUACUACUUCCCUGCCAGCUGGGCGGAAAAGGUGCUGUUCGUCGGCCAGACCGUGCUGAUGUGUCACUUCGAUCCACGGCAGCAGAUCGCCGACCGGGCGGCAUCCAAAGGGAGCAGAAAGGGAGCGGCCCUGGCAGCGGCGGCCGGCAAAGACAACCUGUGGGGUGAUCACGAGCAGCAACUGUUCCGCAAGUUUCACCAGCUGCAAAGCGAGGAGAAUCUCAACGUGACCAAGUUCGAGCAUCUGGUGGACGAAAUUAAGGAGCAGGUCACGCAGCACAUGUCCACGAUCGUGAUCGAAAAGGCGGACCUAGAGCGGCAGUUGCGGCUGAUGAAAGACUUCUUUCUGCUCGGGCGGGGUGAGCUGUUUUCCGAGUUUUUGACGCAAACGCAAUCCCUGAAGUUGCUGAUCGGGAAGGAAAUCAAUGAUGGCACGACGCGCGAUCUGAACCGUGCGCUGAAGCUAGCCGCCAACAGCAUCAAUCUGGGCGAGGACAUCGAGCAGUUCUCGUUCGAGCUGCCGUGUGGCAGCCGGGACGGCAGUGGGGAGGAGAGUUCGUUCUGCUACGAAACGAAAAGCGCCGUCGGGCACAUCAUGCUCAAGUACAAGGUGAAGUGGCCGCUGCAUCUGCUCUUCUCGCCCCGCAUUCUCGAGCGGUACAAUGAGAUGUUUCGCUUUCUGCUGCGCAUUAAGAAGAUCCAGCACGAUCUGCUGCAGAUCUGGUCGUACCAGCGGGAGCGGCGCAUGAAGCACAACUCGGAGGUGGUGCAGCUGCGCAACAAGCUCAUGUUUCUGAUCAACAAUCUGCAGUACUACCUGCAGGUGGACGUGCUGGAGAGUCAGUUUGCUAUUUUGAUGUCCGCGAUCGCGAACACGGCCCGCCAGGCGCACGAUUUCGAGCGCAUCCAGCGUGCGCACACGAUCUUUCAGGCGAAUGUGCUCAGUCUUUGCUUUCUGCUGACUGGAGCGAACAGUGGUGAACCAUCGUCGGGGUCGUCGCUCAAUGCGACCACCACCACGGGCACCACGAUGAUGGCGGGCGUGAUACAGGUGCAGGAAAAUCCGGUCCUAACGAUACUGGACAGCAUUCUGUCGAUCGUCGAUCGGUUCUGCACGUUCUGUCUGCUCUGUAAGGACCCGAUGACGAAGGUGGAACGGAACGAGUUUCUUACGUACGAGCAGGGAUUCAUGAACCACGUCGAUUCGUUGCUGAAGCUCCUCAUUGGACUAAAGGCGGGACCGAGCAGUGCACCACUUUCGCAGCUUUUGCUUCGGUUGGAUUUUAAUCAUUGGUUUAGCUCAAACACACAAAUUACGGAGUAA